GACAUGUCUGUAUUUUACAGACUUUUGAUGUCUCCUACAGACGUAGCCAGAGAUCUACAGACUUUUAAAAGGGUAAUAGUGUUUAGUAAAAUUGCACUAGAAUAACUGUUUUCGAAUACGAGUGAUUCCUUCACAAUAGAAUUCUACUUUCAAUCUAUUUUUAAAGUAAAAUUUUAGUGUAACUAGAAUUUACACAACCAUUUACAGACUUUUACAGACAUUUUAGUUAUUCUUCUACAGACAUUUCAAAAAAACAUGUGGCAUCGCUGAACGCUAGUGAACGUCAAAAGCUAAGACGUCAAAAGCAGAUAAGUUUGCAUUAUUUAGGAUAUUAUUUGAGUUUGAAAAAAAGAUUUAACGCAUUAUAAUCGUAGUAAACAUGGAUUUUAACUCAAGCAUUAGAAGUGAAAGUAACCUCGACUAUUCUGCAAACUCAAGUUUGGACUUCACCAACGAUCAGAAGCGCAGGAGUUCGUCCCGAUCGAUCAAACGAAAACGUUUCGAUGAUGAAAUUGUAGAGUACAGUUUGGGAUUACAGCAACCACAACUUAAAGGAGUCGGUCGUCCUCGAACAAUAUCACAAUCGCUUCCAUUUGGUGCUUCCACGUCCAUUCCAUCUGUUACCACCCAAGCAGUCCCCCCAGUAUCCGUCUCACCUACGAUUGUAGAGCAAACUCUAGUGGCACCAGCCCCUCUUACACCGUUAACGGCACUCGUUACCCCAUCACCGAUGCCACUUCCACCACCAGCAGUGCCAAAUCCGGCUACAAGUUUACUACAACAACUCAAUUCAAAUGCUUCGGUCAAUGAAAAAAAGAAAGGUUUAAAAAACAAUAGGAAGAGCAAAAAGAAGGGCGGAAGCCAGGCUCUUGCGACUAAGGACUUGGGUCGAUGGAAACCCGUUGACGAUUUGGCCUUGAUAACUGGUAUUUUACAGACCAACGAUCUCCGUAUGGUUCACCGAGGUACUAAAUUCUCCUGUAAGUUCACAAUUCAGGAGAUGCAGGCACGAUGGUACUCGCUUCUAUAUGAAGAGCCCAUUUCGAGAAUUGCAGUAGCAGCAAUGAGAAAUUUGCAUCCGGAGAUUGUGGAAGCCGUACAAAGCAAAGCACUAUAUUCAGUAGCCGAAGAAGAACAACUUGGUACUAUCAAGUCCAACACUAAUCCAACUGUAGAAACAUUUCAAGAGUUGUUGGAUAAAAAUGCCACUGUAUUCUACCAGGCUCGAACCGCCAAAGCUCUAUUCGCUCAUUGGCAACUGAUGAAGCAAUACUCACUGCUUCCCGAUCAGUCGGUACAAUCUCUCCCGAAAAAUGACAACAUCCUUUCAUUUUCUGAUGCCGAAGAUUUGAUCAACGACGCAGAUCUAGUUGAUCAGCGAGACGACGCAUUGGAGAUAGAAUUGGCCUUGGCCGACCGCAAAAGCAAGAAGGAAAUCCGUAGCUUGGAGAAUGAGCUUUCACGCUGGAAUGUGUUAGUUGAUUCUCUGACAGGUAUUGGAUUCUCCCCUGAUUUUGACAAUCAAACACUAGCAGUACUCCGCGGAAGACUGGUACGGUUCUUGAUGCGUUCGCGAGAAAUUAUCUUUGGACGAUCAACGAAGGAUGCUGUUGUUGAUGUAGACUUUUCUCUGGAAGGCCCCGCCUGUAAAGUUUCUCGAAAGCAAGGAACCAUCAAACUUCGCAGCAAUGGAGACUUCUUCAUCACCAAUGAAGGCAAAAGACCGCUUUACAUAGAUGGAACGCCUCUGAUGUACGGAAAUAAGACAAGAUUAAACAACAACUGUGUCAUUGAGAUAUCCAACUUACGGUUUAUCUUCUUAAUCAACUAUGAUCUGAUUAAUGCCAUUCGUCACGAGAGCGCUAAAAUGAACAUACCGUUAAAUUAACCUUAUUAAUCGAUUUUCAUGUGAACAUUUAAUUUCUUAGUAUUUUUGCGUAAGAAAUAAAUCUGAUAUAGUGAUUGACAAAUAAAAUUUAGCCUGAAAGAGA